CGUUACCGCUGAACAGGCGCCGUGCCAUGCCUCCUUACAUCCCUCACCGUCCUUUUGAGACCCAAUAACCCGCCGCUAGCGAUGUUCGAAAUUGGAAAAAUGCCCGGACGCACUCUCUGGCGUUGGUCAAUGACUGAAUCUUGACGUCUUCUAUUGUACUGGUGCCGCAAAACGAUGGCCAGCUGCAGGUUCAGCAAGGUUGAACACGGCAUCCUCGGACCUAUGGGCUGCUGUAUGACUCCGUGUCCCAAGGCAAGGGAACGAUCUCUCACCCUAGGAGACUGGUCUACGACAAAAGUAUAAAAGGGGCCAGAAAGUUCCGCAUAGCGAAGACCUCAAAGCCUACCAGUCCAAAGAAUGGGACACUAUUUCUCCUCUCCAAAAGACCGCGCCCAGCCUCUGCCAAAGAAUGACGCUGCCGAUGUGUCGUCCGAGGAUUCCGCGCCAUGCUCGCCAUCAACGGCGUCAGGCCCGGGCCAUCCCUUCUUGAUCAGGGCGAAGGGAAACUAUCUCUACCUCGACAACGGACAGCGGAUCAUCGAUGGUUGCGGCGGCGCGGCAGUUGCCUGCAUUGGCCACGGCCGGAAGGACGUCGUCAAGGCUCUCACGGCCCAGGCGAAGAAGUUCGCCUAUGUCUCGUGGGCUCACUUCGAGAACGAACCCGCUCAAAAACUGUCCGACUGGCUGAUCAACAGUACCGGCGGGAGAAUGAGCAAGGUGUACAUCAUGUCCUCUGGCUCGGACGCCGUUGAGGGCGCCAUGAAGCUCGCCCGAGAGUACUUCCUCUGGACCGGGGAACCGCAGCGCGUGAACUUCAUCUCUCGCGACGAAUCAUACCACGGGACUACCAUUGGUUCGCUGUCGUUGUCGGGGCACGUAGCUAGACGAGGCCCCUUCGAGCCCGUGCUUCUCCAGAACAGACACCGGGUUUCGGCCUGCAACCCCUACCGCCAGAGGCUCGCUGGCGAGCCAGACGACGACUUUGUGGCCCGCAAGAGAGACGAACUGGCCCAGAAGUUCCUCGAGCUGGGCCCCGAGACCGUCGCCGCGGUCAUCAUGGAGCCGGUCGUCGGGGCCGCACUCGGCUGCGCCCCCGCCGUACCGGGCUACCUCAAGGCGGUGCAGCAGGUCUGCCACGAACACGGGGCCCUGCUGAUCCUCGACGAGGUGAUGUGCGGCAUGGGGAGGACCGGGACACUCCACGCGUGGGAGCAGGAAGGGGUCGUCCCGGAUCUCCAGACGGUCGGGAAGGGCCUCGGCGGCGGGUACCAGCCCGCGGCGGCCCUGCUGGUCGGCGAGAGGGUCGCCCGCGUCAUGGAGGCCAGCGGCAAGACCUUCACCCACGGACACACGUACCAGAACCACCCGGUCGUGGCCGCGGCGGCCCUCAAGGUCCAGCAGAUCAUAAAGGAGGAAAACCUGCUGGCCAACGUCGGGGCGCAGGGGCGCCACCUCGAGUCCCUCCUGAGGCAGAGGCUCGGCGACCACCCCAACGUGGGCGACAUACGGGGCCGGGGCCUCUUCUGGGCGGUCGAGUUCGUCCGCGACAAGGGGACGAGGGAGCCCUUCGACCCGGGCAUGCAGGUGGCCCUCCGUGUGCAGAAGCGCGCCCAGAAGCAGCCGCACAACGUCCUCGUCUACCAGGGCCAGGGCUGUGCUGGUGGCGGCAGGGGCGACCACAUUAUGAUCAUGCCGGCUUACAACGCCGACGCCGGGGUCAUCGAGGAGAUUGUGGGGGGUGUCGUGUCUGCCAUUGAGGCCGUGUUUGAGGAGAGCUCCUGAGUUGGCAUGCAUGAUGAACGGUUUCCUAAGCUGUGUCGCUGGUCUCUGCAUGGUUUCGAUCCUUGCAAGCUUGAGUGGCUGGGUUACUUUGGAGGCAUGGGUAUUUGGAGAUUGGGUUUCAUUAAUUAUAUCAGUC